AUGAGUCUCACACAGCGUUCCUCCAGGAGUACCCUCUUGUCGGCUUCAAAAGAUGCAGAUGACAACUCUGCGCGCCCACGAAAUCGCCGGGUAGCGAGCAACCGAAACGAUGCAAACACAUCCUCCGUCUACUCAAGUCCAAGCAGGACGCCAGACAGAGGUGCCUCUCCGAUUCCCGCCGCACGCAUAGGAGAUGUCACUGGCAGAAAUAAUUCUAGACUUGAGGUCGCGGCGGGCUCUGCUCGUGCAAGUAGCCCCAGAGGCGGUGGUGGUCUGCUCGAUGGAUCAUGGGCUUCGACGUGGGCUACCGUUUCAGAAUUCACCACAUCACUACUUACCGGUGGGGAAUCAUAUCACACCGGGUCAGAACGAUCAGCAACGAGAACUACUGGAAAACAGAAGGCUUCCAACAGCUGGGGUCCCGAACCACCAAACGAAUCGAGGCCACGCUUAGCGGAUGUUGGGUCAGGAUCAAUGACUGAGCGUGAGGGGCUUCUCAGAGCACUCAGGACAGCAAGUGUACUCGAAAGCCAUGAAGGCGUCAAUGGUGGUCUGGAUGUUUCUAGGAGAUUCAAGAAGCGUAGUUCAGACGAAGACCUGCGAGAAACUUCCCAAAGUCAGGAAACAGCAGAGCACCUGGUGUACAUUCACCAUGUACAAUCAACCGACACCUAUGCCGGGAUCGUGCUUCGGUACAAGUGCCGUGAAGACGCAUUUCGUAAGGCCAACGGUUUAUGGUCCCGAGACAAUAUCCAAAUACGCAAAUGGCUUGCCAUACCUGUCGACGCCUGCGAAAUCAAAGGGCGCCCUUGCGAAGGACCCUCGUUUCCCGGAGCUCAUGUUGAUUACUUGGCCCGUACACCGGAAGCAACAGACCCAUUUGGUCGAGACAUCUCCAACAGCCGAGAGUUUUUCGGCACCUCGCCCAACGACCAAGGCGGGGAUAACAAGUUACAAACAAAUGACGACGAGCGACCAUGGACACACGUGCGCUGGGUAUCACUCGACUCGUUUCCUGAUCCUGUCGAGGUCGCACGUGUAGAACGCAAAGUUUUGGGCUACUUCCCACCGCGUCGGAGGAAGAGCAUGAACACCACUUCCACCAUGACGUCGCCUAGGACGUCGAUGGACGUCCCAGGCAUCACCCUAAGUGGAGAGGCAGGUCCUGGAAGUCCCGGUAGCGUCUCUUCCCGCCGAACUAGUCUCAUGGGAAGUCGCCCCAAUUUAAUCGAGGACGAUGCUCGGCCGGCAUGGAUGAGACGGCCUGGAGGCGUAGGCUCGCUGCGGAAUGUGAGAGCACCAGGACCCGAGAAAGAUUACUUCAACACGUGGACAAAUAAGCAUCUACCAGGACUAAACAUUGAUACUCUACCGUCCAUGGCCGUCCUAGGUGCCGAAACUGCUCACAUCGGAUUCACCGGUGGCGGAGAGCACCCGACUAUCGUCGAGAGUCCUUUUGAAGACGGAGGCGAUGCCUCCACGAUAAAUGGGCAAGGGUCUACUGGGCUUGACAAAGCGGCCGCGGCGGUCGAGAACUGGCUGCGUGGCGCUAUUUGCCAAGCGGCCAAGUGGACUAAGAACGCCUUCUCUAAGCACACCAAGACGGUCGGCUCUGGGGCCAGAAGAAGGCGACCUCAUCGAGCUUACCGACACUAA